GCGAUCUCCAAUGACCGCUUACCACAACACGUUCGUCAAGCUAUCGAGAAGUACGUGGUGGCUUGCAGCAAGAAGCGUGCGAGAGGAGACGGCCGUCGGAAGGUCAACAACGGUCAAUAUGCUUGUACAGCGGACUGUGGAUACCUCACUAAACGCGCAUUCGACUGGAAACGACAUGAGGAAACCCAUCAGCCACAGGAGUUUUGGUUGUGUGAGAUCUGCAGGACUGCCCUUCACCCAAAGAUGGUACUUGUUAGUAGACGCGAUAAGCUGCUACCACACAUCAAAAACGAACACCCUGACGAAGAUGCGGACGAUGUAGUAGAGCAAUCGAAGCAAGACUAUGUAGCGGAUUUUAAACGGAGAUGCGGAUUCUGUGGGGCUCGCUUUGAGUCUUGGGAUUCUCGGAACAACCAUAUUCUUGCACACUUCGACGGGAAGCUUGAG